AGCACGACUUAAACUUAGAUCACACUUAGAAUAAUCGCACGACUCAACCUUAGAUCAUACAUCCAACAAUAAAUACCCUUAACCGUUACGAAUAACAUGGGUUGAAUACCCUAUAUAAGUUUUUGAAAAGGCCAAUGAAGUAUGUUAUGAAAAGUUUUAAAUUUUAAUUCUCCCCCAUGAAGUUUCAAAAGCCAUGCACUUUUGCCAAGCUGGGACUAAAGGACUCAAAAUCCUUAGCAAAAAUAAUUCGAAACUUAGCCCAAACUAGACAAUUACUUCAAGGAAAACAACUUCAUUCUCAGCUGAUCUCGUCUGGGUAUCCGUUAUGCGCUUUUUUAACCAACCAUCUUCUUAACAUGUACUCAAAAUGUGGUCAAUUAGAUUACUCAGUUAAACUGUUUGAUAAAAUGUCUCAAAGAAACUUAGUUUCUUGGACUGCUAUGGUUACUGGGUUUUCUCAGAAUUUACAUUAUUUUGAAGCCAUAUCUACUUUUUGUGAAAUGAGAAUUGCUGGGGAAAAUCCGACCCAGUUUGCUUUUUCGAGUGUUAUUAAGGCUUGUGCUUCUGCUGGGUUGGUUGAGUUUGGGGAGCAAAUUCAUUGCCUCGCAUUGAAAUUUGGGUUUGGGUCUGAUAUUUUUGUUGUUAGCAAUUUGGUUGACAUGUAUUCAAAGUGUGGAGUUAUGGUUAAUGCUCAUAAUGUUUUCCAAGAAAUGGAGUGUAAAGAUGAGGUCUUGUGGACUGCUUUGAUUGAUGGAUAUGCAAAGAAUGGUCCUUUCGAGGAUGCAUUGUCAGCUUAUAAGAAUAUGGUUAAAGAGGGAAUUGGUAUUGAUAAGUUUGUUCUUUGUAGCACUUUAAGUGCUUGUGCAGCAUUAAAGGCUUUAAAUUUUGGGAAAUGUCUCCAUUCAGUUAUGGUGAAGAAGGGAUUUGAGUUGGAGAUUUCAGUGGGAAAUGCUCUUACUGAUAUGUACUCAAAGGUGGGAGAUAUGGAAAGCGCCUCAAAUGUGUUUGGAAUUGACUCUGAUUGUAGAAAUAUUGUGUCAUGUUCUUCAUUGAUUGAUGGAUAUGUUGAAAUGGAUCGAAUGGAGGAUGCUUUAAGUGUUUAUGUUCGGCUCCGGAGGCAAGGAAUUGAACCUAAUGAAUUCACUUUCUCGAGCUUGAUCAAGGCUUGUUCCAGUCAAGCUGCACUUGAGCAAGGUACACAGCUUCAUGCUGAAGUGAUUAAAUUCAAUUUUGAUAGUAACCCUUUUGUUUCUUCAGUUCUUGUUGAUAUGUAUGGAAAAUGCGGGUUGCUUGAUGACUCUAUUCGAGUAUUUGAUGAGAUUGGAAAUGCAACUGAAUUUGCAUGGAAUUCAAUGUUAAGUGUGUUUGCUCAGCAUGGUUUAGGAAAAGAUGCUAUUCAACUAUUUAACAGGAUGAAGAACGAAGGAGUGGAACCAAAUGCGAUAACGUUUGUCAGUCUUCUAAGAGGCUGUAGUCAUUCUGGUUUAGUGGAGGACGGGUUAAGCUUUUUUAAAGCUAUGGAGAAGACUUUUGGAGUCAUGCCUAGAGAAGAGCAUUAUUCUUGUGUUAUUGACUUACUUGGUCGUGCCGGACAGCUUAAAGAAGCUGAAGAUUUUAUAAACAAGAUGCCAUUUGAACCAAAUGCUUUUGGAUGGUGUUCUUUCCUUGGAGCUUGCAAAAUCCAUGGUGAUAAAGAAAGAGGUAAACUUGCAGCUGAAAAAUUGAUGCAACUUGAACCCGAAAAUAGUGGAGCUCCUGUUUUGCUUUCAAAUAUUUAUGCUAAGGAGCAACAAUGGGAAGAUGUGAGAACAUUGAGGAAGAUGAUGCAAGAUUUUAAUGUUAAGAAACUACCAGGUUAUAGCUGGGUUGACGUUGGAAACAAAACCCAUAUUUUUGGUGUUGAAGACUGGUCUCAUCCUCAAAUGAAAGCAAUUUAUGAUAAGCUUGAUGCUCUUUCGGGUCAGAUAAAGGCGGCCGGAUAUGUCCCUUCCACAGAUUCCAUUCCCUUAGAUGUGGAUGUUAGCGUUAAAGAGAAGAUACUUCAACAUCACAGUGAGAGACUUGCCAUUGCAUUUGCACUAAUAAGCAUUCCAAGUGGGAAGCCAAUUAUUGUAAAGAAAAAUUUAAGGGUCUGCUCGGAUUGUCACUCUGCAAUUAAGUACAUAUCAAAGUUGAUUGGAAGAAAAAUUAUUGUCAGGGACAAUAGUAGAUUCCAUCAUUUCUCAAAUGGCUUGUGUUCUUGUGGAGAUUUUUGGUAAGGUUUUUGACAUCUUAAAGUUAACAUUAGGGAAAUAUAUAUAUUGCAUCACUUCUUAGAGUUGAACAGUUUUGGAUGCUGGAAAAUCUGCAGAAGAGCUUGGAGGUACAUGCCAUUGCAAAUUCUUUAAACUUCAAACAAUGUGCCUGUCUAUCAUUAAGAAAUGGGAACAUCAUGCAUAUUCCUGUUACAUUUUUCUGUAUGAAUCUGCUUACCGAAGUUUGGUUUCAUGUAUUCUUUGACGGUAUUCAUCUGCAUGUUCCUGUUGUUCUUUGCCACAUUAUAAGCUUACGGAUGCUCGGUUUCAUGUUUUUCUUUGACAGCAUUCUACUGCAUUGCAUUGCUAAUAUGCAAUAUCAAAUUUAAUUCUUUAGUUAACAUUACCACUGAAUAAAACAAAUCGAGUAAACUCAUCUUUACUUAUCAUCAAAUGCACUCUAUACAAGCUAAGUUUUAUUUAAACAUGUACUGAAACAAGUUCUAUCCUAAAUUUGUGAAAUUUACACAACUUCUUGAAGGGGGGGAUGUGUAGCUGCUUGCAUUCUAAGGCAACAAACUAUAUAUAGAACCAACUACUAGCAUUCUCUAUUUUCGAACAAGCUUUUGCAUAUAAUAUCCAGAAAUGGAAACCAUUAUGUGAAACUAAGCAGUGCUUUCAGAGUGAAGCAUAAGUACAUUGGUUGAGACACUGCAGAAAAUCAUUCAAGCUCUCGGGUAGCGUGAAUGGCCUUUCUUCUUCAGGAACUCAGGGAUGUCCACUGAACCACCUUCAUUGAAAGAAGGCCGCCGAUUAAU